AUGGAAACCAGAGCCGGCGGCCUCGUCCGGUCCCGCGUCGCCAACGCGUGCGACACGUGCAAGCAGCGCAAGAUCCGGUGCAGCGGCGUGUUGCCGUGCGGGUACUGCGUCCGCCGCCGGGACCCCGACAGUUGCCGGUACACCGCCCCGCGUGUGAGGCGUCCGAGGCCGUCAACCACCACCACCACCGCCGGCCACCGUGAGGAUGAUGUGAGGAGUUCUGUUUCGCAUGCUUCUGGGUCGCCGGGGGCGGCUUCAAAUCAUCCGGUUGUGCGGAUCGGUGCGCCGGCGCAGCAGCAGCACCACCACCGGAUUGAGGAGCAACAUCCGUUGGAAGAGCACGAGGACACCGAGGUGCCGAGGGAGGCGAGGCUGCUGUGUGACGCGCAGGGGAAGCUGGUCUUUAUCGGGGACUGCGCGCCGCUGUCGUUUUUCCAGACGGUGAGGAGGCUGGUGACCACACGGGUGGAUGCGCAUGCUUUUGCGCCCGAGACGGGGGGGUACUCGGCGCUGGAGAAUGCAUCUUCCAGACCGUCGGUGUCGUCUGGUUACGGGGCGUUGCCGCCGCGGGUGAGGAUUGAGAUCGGGCCUGCUGCGGUGGGGGCGUAUUUGGAGGUUACGAGGGGGUUGAUUGAUUUGUUUGAGGAUGAUGCGAGGCUGGAGAGGGAUAUUAUCGAGUGGGCUGCGGAGGAUCAUGGGGAUGAUGCUCUGGCUGGGGCGGUGAAUUAUUUGGUGUUGGCGAUUGGGUGUCAGAAGAUUGAGAAGGGGGGUGAAGGUACGGGGCAGCAGUAUUUUGACUACGCGAGGAACGUGGCGCUUGCGAGUUUAGGGGGGAAUUUGGGAGUGGCGAGCGUGCAGGUUUUUAUACUUAUCACGCUGUACUCGCUGGGGGCGUGUCAGAUUAAUGCCGCGUUUUUGUUUUUUGGGCUGGCGGCACGGGCAGCGCUGUCGAUAGGGGUGCAUAGGACCGCGGUCAAUGCGAGGUUCGGGCCCGACAUUCACAGGCAGAGGGACAGGUUGUGGAAGAGCCUGAGGGUGGUGGACUUGUUCUUGUCGACGUCGAUGGGGAGACCGCCAGCGACAUCGGAUGUGGACUGUACGGUGCCGUACAGACAGCCGGACGAAACCGGGAGGGAGAAGUUUGAUCUGUUGAACGCGUCGGUACAGAUAUUCCUGGUGAUCGAGAGUGUCGUGGUGGAGGUAUAUUCGAGGAGGAAAAUCUCGCCGAGGUUGACCGAGGGGAUAUCGAGAGAGCUGAGAGGGUGGUCAGGGCAAUGGUUGGAGAGGUUGAAGGAGGUGGUGGAGGAUAAUGAGGAAGGGGACGUCGAUGCUGGAGUGGUGAAUGGUGCCUGCCAGGUGCUGGCCUCGUAUUAUACU